AUGACGUUCGAGAAAACCACGAUCGAGUUGGACAAUCCGAGCGAUUACAGUCUACAGUUGAACAGAUGGUACCUGAAACCGAUCGGUGCCUGGCCGGCGUCGUCGUCUAGCUCCAGGCUCGAGCAUAUCGUGUCGAUAGUGUUGAUCGUGAUCAGUUACUUCGCCAUAUCUUUCACCGUGAUCCCGUGCAUAAUGCACAUUGUCCUCGAGGACGAGGACACUCAGAAGAAGCUGAGAGGGCUGGGACCGCUGAGCCAUUGGCUGGUCGGCGGUAUCAAUUACACGACGCUGCUGGUGCGCAGCAAGCAGAUACGCCGCUGCGUGGAACACCUGCAGGUCGACUGGCAGAUCGUGUCUAGGGUGAAGUAUCAAGAGAUGAUGCUGAAGAACGCGAGGCUCGGCCGAUACGUGUGCAUCUUCUGCGCAGCGUUCAUGCAGGGCGGCGUGCUCGGCUACUGUUUGGUCACCGCGCUGUCCACGGAGCUCGUGGAGUCCGAGAAUGGGACCAGGGUCGUGCACAUAUUGCCCUGCGUGUUCUACAAGAAGGUACUGAACACAGACACCAGCCCCACGAACGAGCUCGUGCUCGCGUCGCAAUUUCUGUCUGGGUUUAUCGUCAACUCCAGCGCCGUCGGAGCGUUCAGCCUGGCCGCGGUCUUCGCGGCGCACGCUUACGGCCAGCUGGACAUCGUAAUGAUAAACAUCACCGAGUUGGUGAAUAGGUACGAAGAGAGAAACACCAGGAUCUACGUCAGCGAGAUUAGAAUGGCCGUGGCGAGCCACAUGAGGGCUCUAAGUCUCAUAUCGUAUAUCGACGACAUGAUGAGCCGGAUAUGUUUCUCGGAAUUGUUCCACUGUACCAUCGGUGUAUGCUUCCUUGGAUAUUAUAUACUUACGGAAUGGAGCGAUCACGAUUUUCAAAAUCUGGCCACCUACUUCAUGAUACUGUGUUCGAUGACGUUCAACAUAUUCGUACUCUGUUAUAUCGGUGAAAUACUGACGGAACAGUGCAAGAAAGUCGGCGAGACGGUGUACAUGACAGACUGGCAUUGCUUACCUUAUAAAUACAGCCACGACCUGUUAAUGAUCAUCUCGAGGUCGACCGUGAUGAUGAAAAUCACCGCCGGCAAAAUGGUUCACAUGUCCAUUUACACGUUCGGCCAAGUAAUGAAAUCUUCCUUCGCGUACUUGAAUUUGUUGCGACAAACCACGUAA